GUACACCUGCAUUUUAUGACUAUAAAUAGCGACAACGCAUAUCUGCAUGUAACACUAGAGCGGCAGCCAUUACAACCGAGCAGGAGAGGGAUGCGAUGGCAUUUCAAAGACGCUUCAGUGAAAGGAGUGACGGACAGGGAACCUGUCUUUUCCUCCCGGAAGAUACAAAGAGGUGCACUUUAACAGUGAACUUUGAGUCUCUUGGGAUAAAGUUCGGCGAUGAAAGCAGUCAGAUGGAGUUACAGGUAUGGCAAUGGCGUCACAUUAAAGGUGAUACAGGCCUACUAUCUGAGCUGGAUGGGAAGUUAAAGAUGAAUAACACAGAACGGAUCACCACUAGCAACCCUGAUGAAAUCAAAACAACCUGCACUGGAAAUGUUUACAGAUCUCCGUCUCACAGAUUAUUUGGGAUCAGAACUGUACAAAAAUUAUUCCAGGACACUGCUUCAUCUCUGUGUAUAAUUCAACGCCCUGUACAAGAGAGCCGGAAACAUAACCUAUAUCAAAAGCUAUGUGAAUCUACAAUAUUCGUGUCGGGAAGAGCAACCUGUUUUGUGACAUCUUGUGGCAUAGCUGUGGUCACAAGUAAAACCAAUGAGAAGAUAGUCACUGAGGUUACUCACAAACUGAUUACCGGAGGGUCGAGUUCCUCCUCCUCCUCCUCUUCCGCUGGCUCUGUGGAUGACUCAAGCAUGGAAGAUACCUUUACAAAACUACAACACAGGAGAAGCGUUCUACUGGAGGGGCACGUGGUUCCUUUUUUCAGAGACAACAUUCAAGCGCGUAAUUAUCUCAUAUUGAAAUGCAAACUUCAAGGCAUCGCCUGUACAUUUAACUCAGAAGAAAACAAAAUCCUUCUGUUGGCAGGGACAAAGGGGUCUCUUGAUGUGUUUGAUGAGAUAUAUGUUAAAUCUGUUAAACAAGCCAGAUGGGACCUUAAAGACAGCAACAUCUUCAAAGUGUUGACAAAGACUGAUGUUGUAACUGAAUGUAAUGGGUAUUGUCACUUAAGGUUUCCUGGUAAAGCCAUGUUCGUCCCUGAUGAAGUAAACGACUCUGUACACAUCAUUGCCACGGAUGAUGCUCUUUCUGAAGCAGAAUUACAUCUGAAAGAACAAAUGUCCAAAUAUGAAAAUGGUGCAAUCAAAGUUGAUGACAGAUCAUUCAAACAGGUUAUGCACCACUGGGAGGACAUACAACAGAUUGCAGCUCGGUUGACAUCCGGAAAAAUCUACAUUUCACAAAGCAGAAACAACCAGGCAAUAUCCGUCACUGGAACAAGAGAAGCAAUACAAGACUUUAAUACUAAACUUGAUGAGUAUUUGUCCUCGCCUGAGCUAUGUUUCUUGAAACUGCGAUUUCAAGAAAAGAAGCAAAAACUUCUACAGUCUCGACCGAGAGCGAAAGAGUAUAUUGAACAAAACGUGGCAAGAAGUGACCAUGUUGAAUUUGAACUUGAUAAUCAGACGAAUGAAUUUGUAUUAAUCACCACUGGAGAGCAUAGGGAGAAAGCACGGGAAUUCCUAUCAUUGGUCAAGACAAAGGACAUCAGAGUGCGUAGAAAUAGUGUCAUUGGGAAGAGCCUCUUUGAUUUAAAACAGGACCUCUUGAACCGCACUUUACCAAGCCAUGAGAAAAUGUUAGUAGAAAUUGACAUUUCGACAGGUACUUUUUCAAUAACUGCAACAGACGAUGUAUUUGAAGAAGCAGUGAAACAGUUCGAGGAUCUAUAUAAAGAUAGUACAGCAAGAGUUGGGAUCAACAGAGAGUUAAGUGAAGGAGGCAGAGUGGGGAUAAGCAGAGAGUUAAGUGAAGGAGGCAGAGUUGGGAUUAGCAGAGAGUUAAGUGAAGGAGGCAGAGUUGGGAUUAGCAGAGAGUUAAGUGAAGGAGGCAGAGUUGGGAUUAGCAGAGAGUUAAGUGAAGGAGGCAGAGUUGGGAUAAGCAGAGAGUUAAGUGAAGGAGGCAGAGUGGGGAUAAGCAGAGAGUUAAGUGAAGGAGUGAGAGUUGGGAUUAGCAGAGAGUUAAGUGGAGGACCAAAGUCCCCAAUGUCCCCUCCUGUCACACCUGCCCCUCUCCAGGGGGUCAUGUAUGUGAACUGGAAAGACUUGACAGUCAACAAAGAUAUACGAAACCUGCUGCAAUCAAGUCAGGAAGCGAAGACAUACAUUUCAAACAAGAUGAUUGCAGGUGAUGUACGGAUAAACAUUACAUUAGAUGGCGCAGUGCAAUAUAUGGACGCCACUGGAACAGAUGAUGAGAGGGUUGAAAACAUCCUCAGGAGCUGUACUGAGACGAAGGUCAUUGACUUUGAAAUCUUUCCAGUGGGUGGAUAUAUGAAACCAUCAGAGGCCUCAGUAAUAAUGAAACAAACGUUACAGAAACUAUCAAGCAAAGUGCUCAUUGUAGCAGAUGACUCACAGAAACUCCUUACUAUUGUCAGUACGAAAGAUAUUGCAGCUGAAGUCAUUAUUGGGAUUAAGCGUUUUCUGCAAGAUUACACUUACUCUGAAGAAACUAUUGUGUUGAUGAAGGAAGAAACAAGAACAUUUUGGAUGCGGAAUGCAGAACUACGUGAUAUUGAGAAAUCACUUUCAAAGGAAAAUGUUAAAAUUGCAUUAAAGGGUUCCGAGUUAGUGAUGACCGGCGCCAAGGUUGGUGUCGACACGGGCAUGAAGAGAGUUGCCGAUAUGCGAACUUCACAGAAUAACUCCAAGGGCACCUCACCUGAAACAGCACAGAGGGACGCAUCCCAGUCCUGCUUUCUCUCCCACCAGAUGACCAAAGUACUACAGGAGAUGCCUCACAACAGAGACUUUGUCAAUCAUGUGCUAACACAUGCAGCAUGCCCCGCACAGGUCACAGAUGACGGUUCCCGUCUCACACAAACACAACGGAGCAGCACGGGAGUACCUGCAGCUUCAGUUGGGCAAUUCAAGAAAACACGAAGGGCGCCCCUUCCCAGCCGAAUAGCGACCAUGAGGCCAACACUGAUGAAGGACCUGAUGGCAAAGAAGGAGCCAGUCUUAGCUGACAGAGUUUUGAUCUAUGACGAUGAGACUACGAAGAAGUUGCUGAUUGUUGGAGCUGCUGAAGACGUGGAACAAUGUUUUAGGAUAAUACUGACGAUAUGUGAUCAGAAUACAGUUUAGAAGCAGUUCUGUUAAGGUUAUGAACUUAGUCUACUUCUUGGAAAUUAUCGUAUGAUGAAUCAUCAAUAUGGACCUUAAAUUGUUCCUUAAGGGUACAAAGCGCUACAACAGUCGCAUAAUGUAAGACUGCCAGAGUACAAAGCGCUACGACUGUCGCAUGAUGUAAGUCUGCCAGAGUACAAAGCGCUACGACAGUCGCACGAUGUAAGUCUGCCAGAGUACAAAGCGCUGCGACUGUCGCACGAUGUAAGUCUGCCAGAGUACAAAGCGCUGCGACAGUCGCACGAUGUAAGUCUGCCGGAGUACAAAGCGCUGCGACUGUCGCACGAUGUAAGUCUGCCGGAGUACAAAGCGCUACGACUGUGGCAUGAUGUAAGUCUGCCGGAGUUCAAAGCGCUUCGACUGUGGCAUGAUGUAAGUCUGCCAGAGUACAAAGCGCUACGACUGUCGCAUGAUGUAAGUCUGCCGGAGUACAAAGCGCUACGACUGUGGCAUGAUGUAAGUCUGCCGGAGUUCAAAGCGCUUCGACUGUGGCAUGAUGUAAGUCUGCCAGAGUACAAAGCACUACGACUGUGGCAUGAUGUAAGUCUGCCGGAGUUCAAAGCGCUUCGACUGUGGCAUGAUGUAAGACUGCCAGAGUACAAAGCGCUGCGACUGUGGCAUGAUGUAAGUCUGCCAGAGUACAAAGCGCUGCGACUGUCGCACGAUGUAAGUCUGCCGGAGUACAAAGCGCUACGACUGUGGCAUGAUGUAAGUCUGCCAGAGUACAAAGCGCUACGACUGUCGCACGAUGUAAGUCUGCCAGAGUAAGUCAACAUGUUUAGACCCUAACGCGUCCAAAUUGUGGGACACGGAACGACCUAAGGUUUGUGUUUCGGAUCUUAAUACAUCUUUGACAGUGUAUAUACACAAAUACAUUAAGUGACGAUAAGUCUCCAUGAAUUUAACUGUUAAUGCUUUGAUAAAUAAACCAAUAAACUUGUGCCCUGUUAUUGUAAAUGUGUGCAUGUAUGUCUUGUAGUUCGUAAUGUGUAAUGUUUGUAAAUCAAUACACGUUUUCAUUGGUUAUUAGUUUUGUGAAUACUAGUUUCGACCUUGUUAAAAUAAGACCCGAACCCGUGACACAGGAACUCGUUAAGGUACUUUUAUCAACGUAUGUUAGGAACAAUCUACUCAUGCAAGGUGUCUAUGCUAUUGAACAUUAACAGCCUUUGCAAGGUGCUUACUGCAAGGUGAAAGAUGCAAGGUGCAAGGUGCAAGGUGCAAUGUGCUGUUGUACCCCUACAGUAGUGAGUGAGUGAGUGAGUGAGUGGGGAUUUACGCCGUUUUUAGAAAUAUUCCAGCAAUAUCACGGCGGGGGACACCACACAUGGGCUUCACACAUUGUACCCAUGUCGGCAAUCGAACCCGGGUCUUUGGCGUGACGAGCGAACGCUUUAACCACUAGGCUACCGGACCGCUCCUCUACAGUAGUACUGCAAUGUAGUAUACUAUACAACUAGUACAGUCAAAUCUCUGCAAGGUGCUCGUUCGCUUUUUCUUUUACAGAGAAAGACAAUGACAAACACGACAUGUCAUUGUAUAUGAUUACGGAGACAUUGUAAAUACCAAUUCAGCUCUUGAUUGUAUGCUAAGAGGCAAUAAAUACUUUGUCGCAUUAA